AUGCAAGCUCGCCGAGUCGCUCGUUCCGUCCUUCUCGUGGUCGCUGCUUCCGUCGUCGUACUCGCACAACCCGAUCCCGCAGACGCAAUCCCGCUCGUCGACAAACACUACAACUACCCAGAUGGAAUCCCGUACCAAGUGGAUUAUGAUACCGCUGCCAUCCGCGGUCCUCAAGUAGGCUACAACGUCUGCAAUUCCACGACGCAGAACCAGCAGUCCAUGUGCCAGACGUCGUUCGUGAACCACAUUGACGACUUCUGCUUGUGGGCACCGCCGAAGCCAAACUCGACCAUCGGUCAAACCGAGGCAGAGGAAGUCGCGUGGUGCACGAAACCAGGCCACGGUACACGCCUCAUCCCAGGCGGUGCUCUCCGCGGCGUACAAGUCCUCAAGACGCCCGAUUACAUCCAGAUCGCUGGUUUCAUCGACCAGUCCCAGAUCAACAUGACUCCGGACGACUACGGAGGUGAACUCGAUCCUCACGGUGCUGACUUGCGAGGUAACCCGUUGGGUGGUCUCAUGUACUCCAACGCUUUCCCGGGUAGCAACGGCAACAACGACUCGUACCAGCAAAUCAUUGACUGGACCAACUUCAUGGGUGCAAACGCUUUCUGUAUCAAGGUGUGCGACCCUGCGAAAAACACUGGCCCAGCGCUCUGCCAAAACAUCUACGACCGUCUUGGAUGUGCAUACAACGCACCUAACAGAGCCAAGAACGGCACGUUCGAGGUUUGUGACGCGGACAACAUGUCACCGCCGGGUGUGUAUGUGUCUGGAGGGGCUACGAUGACGUAUUUCCAACCUCCCGAGUCAUUGGGUCCGAUCACCACCGUUCCUUAUACCCCUGAGGCACCUUCGUCCUUCAAAUUGCGUAACAGUACCCACUCAGCGGUCCGACCAGGGGGCGGCGGUGCUUCUGCUACGAGCACGAAAUCGGGGUCUGCUAGUGCACCCGUUGCGACGACGUCCAACAGUGCUGCCACUGCCACGGGCAUCUCGAUGACAGCUGGAUUCCUCGGUGUGCUGUUUGCCAUGGUUUUCUUGUCUUGAAUGAGUAUCACAUGUCUCAGAGAGGGUGCAGGAUCAUUCUCUUGGCGGUUGCGUCGUGCUGUGGUCGGCGGUGUGGGGUGGGUCAUGUGGAGGCGUGGAUGUUGUGGUCUGGAUCGCAUCCUGAUCUUGACGUUGAUUUCGUACGAUAUCAUCGAUGAUGGGACCCUCUUUUUUUUUUUGCAUGGACCCUGAUAACCUUGUAUUUUUCAAUUUUUUCAUGGACUUCUUCGUUGGCAUCACCGUAUCAUAUCAUAUCACCAUCGUGUUUUACAUUUGAUGGAUCUAUAAUCGAUCCGACAUCAUUCAUUUGGCAGUCUUGGCGUGUGUGCUUGGGUGAUCUCUGUGAAGGUCUUUGCUGUGGGGUGACGUCGACAGCGCUGGGCUGCGGACCAUCUUUGAAUCGCCCCC